CCAUUUUCUUCCCGCGCACGGUCCUCCUCGAGGAGAAGGCAGAGGACGAGGAACAGAGAGAGGAGCGACCCCUCCUCUUCCCUUCUCUCUCUCCCUCUCUCUCUCUCUCCCUCUCUCCUCUCCACUCCUGCGCUUCUCAUCCUAGUGGGCUCUACCCGGACUGCACCGCAUUGACGCUGCUGCUGCUGCUGCUGCUGCCAGCCGACCCAACCCACUGAACUAACGCACCAACACACACACUCCUCUCUUUGGAUGCAAUUGCCCACAGCUGGAAGCUGCAUGCUGUACGGAUUGUGUGCAUGUGCGCGUGUGUGUGUGUGUGUGAGUGGAUAUGCAACAAUUCCCUGCCCGCUCCUCCUCGCGUCUGCCUCGGACUGACUGUCCUGCUCGGUAACGUCAGGACUUUGGGGACGCGGGAGUGAUUCGGCUCGGUGAUUUGCCUUAAUUUUGUGUGUGUGUGUGUGUGUGUGUGUGUGUGUGUGUGUGCAGCUGCAGCACAUCGUGCCGGUCGCCGGUCUCACAGGUUCCGCAGAGCUCAUCCUUGGAUGUGCGGCGGUCGACUGUGACACGUUGAGCUGCGCUCGGUGCCGCCGUCUCCAACAUGGGUGUCGACUGAGUGCGCGCGGUCGCCGAGGCAUGUGGGCGCACUUGUGAGGAUUCAAACUGCGGCUCCGUCUCGCCUGGACCAUGAUUCUGCAGCCCGGGACGUUGCUUGUGCUACUCGCCCAGGCACAUGUGCUGCUGUGUCUGAGAAACCAUGGGGAGGUGCGAGCGAGCGCCGAGGGCACCGCCGGCGCGCGCUCGGCCAGGACUCUCCACGGGUCACUGCGCGAGAGUCACCAAAACAAAGCCCGGGACCGUGCGCUCUCGGCGGGAUACGCCACAGGUGCGUCGUCGGCGGGGCCGCAGGCGAUGUCCGGGGGGACCCUCAACUCCACUCGCCCCUGGAAAAGAGUAAUUGCCGGAGAAACGAGGCGAUUUGGCCACAACAAACGCGACUUCAAUAGGACUGUGACGCCCAUGGAGGAUCCCAACGCCGUCUCACUUUGGGACGCGACGCGUCGCCAUAAUAAGAGGAUAAAGUUGAAUGGCGCUCUUAGUACUACGAGGACGCCAGCAGGUGGAUACCACAAUGCGGAUAAGCCCUCCUCAAUGGCCCGGGGAGACAGAGGAGGGGGCCCCGAGGAGGGCGACGGGCACAAGAGAGGCACAAAAGACGAGCAGAAGAAAGCCUGGAAGAGGGGGAGAAACCGCCUGAACAAAAGCGCGGCGCAUUUGGCUCCUCCUCACACACCGCCGUGGGAACCCAUCCCCAAGCCGCUGGCCCUCACCUCCACCGACCUGCCCUUUGACCUCUUCACCCGGAGGCCCGAGCUCCUCACCUUCAGGGAGGAGAACCCCUGGGACGCCACGCCGAUCACCCCUCCCAGCUCGCAGGAUUUCGGCGACGAGAUCAAGAACCCCUUCUACCCGGUGACGAGCGAGACUUAUGGCGCGUACGCCAUCACCUGCGUGUCGGGGGUCAUUUUCCUUGUGGGCAUCGCGGGCAACAUUGCCAUCCUGUGCAUCGUGUGCCAGAACUACUACAUGAAGAGCAUCUCCAACUCGCUGCUGGCCAACUUGGCUGUCUGGGAUUUUGUGCUCAUCUUCUUCUGCCUGCCCAUGGUGGUUUUCCAUGAACUGACCAAGUCCUGGCUGCUGGGGGAGUUCACCUGCAAAGUGGUGCCAUACGUGGAGGUGGCAUCUUUGGGUGUGACCACCUUUACCCUGUGCGCUCUGUGCAUCGACCGCUUCCGUGCAGCCACCAAUGUCCAAAUGUACUAUGAGAUGAUUGAGAACUGCACAUCGACCACUGCCAAGCUCGCCGUCAUCUGGAUCGGGGCCCUUCUCUUGGCCCUGCCGGAGCUGCUCAUCCGACAGCUGGUCACAGAGGACACAGGGAUCCCGGACGAGCCUCCCGUCGAACGCUGUAUCAUCAGGAUAUCCACCGCGCUCCCCGACAUGCUGUACGUGCUGGGCCUGACCUACGAGGGCGCUCGGCUGUGGUGGUGCUUCGGCUGUUACUUUUGCCUGCCCACCCUCUUCACCAUCGGGUGCUCGUUGGUGACGGCACGCAAGAUCCGGCGUGCCGAGCAGGCCAGCGUGCGCAGCAACAAGAAGCAGAUCCGGCUGGAGAGCCAGAUGAACUGCACCGUUGUGGCGCUGGCAAUCGUCUACGGUGCGUGCGUGGUGCCUGAGAACAUCUGCAACAUCGUGUCCGCCUACAUGGCGGCCGGUGUUCCCGAGCACACCAUGUCGAUCCUCCACCUCCUCUCCCAGCUGCUGCUCUUCUGUCGCGCUGCCGUGACGCCGGCGCUGCUGCUUCUGCUGUGCCGCCCGCUGGGCAGGGCCUUCCUGGACUGCUGCUGUUGCUGCUGCUGUAACCACGUGCCCUCCUCGGCCACGGGCAGUGACGAUAACGAACACGAGUGCACCACCGAGCUGGAGCUGUCGCCGUUCAGCACCAUCCGCAGGGAGCUGAGUAACUACACACCUGCUGGCUCCAACUGCUGAGGUGACAUUCCUCAUCAGGGCUGGAGAUUUCACUAGCCUGCCAUCUGCCUGCGGCUAGUAGUGCUCAGACUUGGCAAGGAGACAUUUGCCUUACCUAGUCUGGUCACAGAAGGGAGUUCGACACUGACUCAUCACGUUCAGCCAGUGUCCUACGUCCUCAGCUUUCAGCCCUUACUCUAAUACUGGACAUUUACAGUAACUGAUUAACCGUUAUUGCCCAGGAAAGCUAACAAAAAGCGAAACUCUUCUUUCCACUCAGACCCCGGGUGCUCGUACAACAGGGUGAUAUUUUUAGCAAUCCUGCCUGAAACCACACAAACCUCCCUUCUGUCGACCUUGUAUGCCUAAAUGUCUUUGGACAGUUACUGUAGGACGGUCUCUUAACACGCCCGAUGUCCGGUUCCUCGCAAGAGGGUGAAUCAACUUAGUUUCUUUUAAUGAACCUAAUCCUUAGGCAGAAAGAGUGAGCAGGAAAAAAACUGCAGAAGUCAUGGUAUCAGUGGCACGUAAAGGUAGUAAUAUUUAUGCUGUACAAUGUACAGAUAAUUGCACAGAAUCUGUCACAAUGAAUUCCUAAAAUUAAUAAAAUGGGUUGCGAUGAUACAUGUUUUUGGCCACCGUAAAUAGUAUUCAUGUACAGGAAGCUGUACUGCAAAUCAUAGUUGAAAAGAAAAAGUGUCACUGGUGAAAUGAAGGGUACUGAGCUAAUUAAUCAGAGGAACCAUGUACAGUGAUUGGAACACAGCCUCCAGUCGGCGGACACUGCCUGCAGAUGUACAGGACUCACUUUACAGACUACAUCAGCUGCAAAUGAACAGUUCAUAAAAUGGCGCACACACGGGAACAAGUCUUCUGAUAAUUAAACUAGAACGAGGCGCCUCGGCAGAAGUGACAGUUUGCGAAGACGAGGAAAACACAAAGACGACGUUGCGCCGGAGAAUCCAAAUGUACUCAACACUUACACUGUAUAUUGAAAAAUGUCCAGUUGACUCAAACAUAACUGGGCUGGUCUCAGAACAACAACAGGGACUCGUGUGGAAUGAAAUGCUUUGGAAUGGACUAAUUGAAAUCACAUUAGAGUUGAAUGGAGACGAAUGGAACCACUACAGAUGAACCUGAGGAGCAUAUGAAUAAAGUGGAAAGUGAUGGAACAUAACACAGAAGAAUAUGAAUGAAAGGGAUGGACUCAGCGUCAAGUGGACUGGAAAUGGAUAUCUGCACUACACUGUUGUAUCGUGUUACUACGCCUUACACUUUGGGCUGUAAAUAUACUGUACACUUUCUUUGGUGCUCCUAUGAUGAAUGCGCUGUAAACAACAAAUCCAUCGGUUCGACUUAGAAUCACAAGUAAUUGAGCUACGGACUAGGUCUCUGGUCAAGAAGACAGAUUACUAGUUAUCUGCGACUCUGGAUUUCAUCAACAAUAGUGAGGUGAAGAAAAAAAAAUCAAUGUUGAGUUUCACUGAGCCACAGAAAUGAAUAAGAUCACCCGGCUGCCUUUACUUAUCGUGACAGCUGUUUGACAGCUACAGGUGUGGUAGCACUUUACUUUACAGUACAGUAAUUAAUAACUGAUGAAUGAAAAACUUUAAUUAACACUCUAGAGUUAUCCUUCAAUAGAUGCGAUAAUUAACUUGUAUUCCCAUUUUUUCCCCAUUGUUACAGAAAUAUUAGUAGAGGCAGUUAGUUCUGUUGUGCAACAUAGUUAAAGGGACAGUAAAUAUCAUUCACUUACUAAACCAACUUAAACCAAAAUAUUAACUUAUUACAAAAAAAGUGCCAAUGUAGCCUAACACUGUAAAUACUGCUGGACUGUAAAUAUAAGUGGAAUUAUAGAUUUGUACCAAUGAUCAUUGCCAUGUUCAUAGUAAUAGCUUGUUUUUUUUUGUCAUUUGAUUCCUGAACUGUAAAUCAAAGUGAUACCUCAACUUUAUAAAUCAAAUCAAAGGCAAACACCGCAGUAGGCCUGUUUGCUUAACCUCUCUCCGAACGAACCAAUCUUGGCUUAGCAAGUACGAUAGGCACAGCUGGUCUGUCAAGUUCCUCGUUUCCAAAGUGGCGUCGCGAGUGGCGCGCAGCAGGCUCGAGCUGAACUUAUACGUCAUACCAAAGACUCAAGUUCAAACCUUUUUACAGGCAUUUCAUUUUCAAAUGAGCCAUAGAGAAAGAUUCAAACUUCAGUCAGAUACUGCUAAUGGAACCUUCGUUAUUUAGCCAGCUGCGGCCAGGGAAAUCCUCAAUCGACAGCUGGACAUAAGAGGCUGCCUUUGUCUAUUUAUGUCUGAAAUUAGAAAAACUUGGUGCCAGUUACUACGAGGGGGUGCAGGUCUCACAAGCGGUGUGAAUUCUUGACCUUUAAUACCCUUUGCCGUUUCAUUACUUGGGUUUUUAAGGAGAACCAAUGAGGUGUCUUUUACAGUGUAUAAAUUUACAAGUGUAUUGUACUGUAAAUCUGUUUUCUUAAUCCUACUAAUCAGACCUGGGUCAAAACAAGGUGCAAAUCACUGUCACUUUUCACAAUGUAGGUAGCAACCCAAAGAUGUGGUAUCGCCAGGUGUACAGCAGACGUAUAAAGACGACGUCUGAGGGACAAAAUGAUUCUUAGCCUUCAUUUUGUUUGUCAAUCUUGCUUAAGGAAGUCUAUUCAUUGAAUUAUUCAUAGCUCGGAUUAUACGGUGGCGAGCUCUGUGAUGACCCAGGUGUGAUGUUCAUUGGUAUUCUGUAUAUUGCGAUGAGUCUUUUACUUCCGGUUCUGCACUGCCAAACACCUUCUCUGUGUCUGUCUCUUGUGCUGUCGUGGUAGUAGCACACUAUCUCUGGAUGUCUCUCUCUCUCUCUCUCUCUCUCAGCGCGGAGGUCAGUUUGCUCUCAGCUCCAUCAGUACAGCGAGAAGAAAAUUUACGACAAGGCCGUGGACCGUCAAAGUUACGGUCCAGUCUAGUUGUGCUCUACAUACACUGCAGAGAGAGAAACUGUGGACAAAGGAUUUAUUUUUUUCCUGCCCUAGCUUGAGGCAGCAGCCAUCUCUGAUGAACUCGUGUUUGUGAGCGCCGAGAGAUCCAGGUGGAUGUGUCCUCUUGUUGGCGCUGCCCGCGGCUCCUCGUGCCAGGAACGCAGCACUUCUGCGACACAAUGCCCCGGAGCCUGUUUGACAACUCUUUUUAUUACCAUCACUAUCAGGGUAUUGUGUGCAAUCGUGUCCAGGGACACACAAAAAAUACUUUCCCCAUUAAAUGACUUUAGCUCACUGUGUGUGUGUGUGUGUGUGUGUGUGUGUGAGAUUAGUUUUUUUCUUUUUGAUGGGACUCGUGUGUAAACUGACCUCCUCAACCUAAUUAUCUUUUUUCUGCAUAUAUCUCGGCGAUAUAGCUCAUUCUAGAUGGCUCGGUGUGUAGUUGUGUGGUUCAAACUAUUGAUGAAGUGAUUCUUGUAAACCAGUCAGUGAGACCUUUAUUCUGAACUUUGUGGGUAUCCUCUUCACCUGAACAUGUAAGCACACGGCCACUGCUGUCUCUACGUCUCGUCACUGGUUUCUAAAUAGCUUUUUAUAUAGCCAAAAACUGUCCCUUUGUUUAUCAAAGAACUUUAUCUUGAAAACUGUAUAUUAAAAUCCUAAAUGUAC